AUGAGUGGAUUAGGGUUUUCUCAAAUUUCGGCCUCGUUGAGCUCUCAUCGUUCGCGCGUUUCUAGGGUUUCUCUGGAGCUCUCGAUCUCGCGGCGAUGGGGCACUCCAACGUUUGGAACUCUCAUCCGAAGAACUACGGUCCUGGAUCUAGGACUUGCCGAGUUUGUGGCAACCCGCAUGGGUUGAUCCGGAAGUAUGGCCUCAUGUGCUGCAGGCAGUGCUUUCAUAGUAAUGCCAAGGAGAUUGGAUUCAUCAAGUAUCGCUAAGGUUUUCAACACCACAUGUACCUCCACAAAUGCAUUCCAGUGGCGGAGGAUUUUUUGUCAUCCAAUCUUUCGAUGAAUCAGUUAUUAGUUGUUUUAUUGUGAUGGACUGAACUCGUAAACCUUCAAUGUUUUGUUCUGUUUUGUCUUGGCAGUUUUUCUCUCAUGUAUGCUCUGUUUGAUUGUUAACAGUCAUUUUAGUUAAAACAAACUUCAAUGCUCAUUAUUAUCUCAAAAACAUAUGUUAUUUGCCAAA